GCAAAUCUCCGCCACAUUCCAUUCCCAAUUCUCGACCUAGCCGCCUGCUCUACGCAAACACAAGCCUCAAACGUUUUCCACCGUUUUCCACUACCUUUGUCGCCGGCGAUCGCAUGGCCAGCUCAGGAUCAAGUGCCUCUAUUUUAGGUACUUUUGAUUGUACUGAGAAUGGUGGAACGAUCGAGUGUGUUAGCCCUAAAUAUGCAGAAAUAAUUGUAAUUCGUCACGGCGAAACGGAGUGGAAUACUGAUCGCAGAAUCCAGGGGCACCUGGAUGUGGACUUAAAUGAUGUUGGGCGACAGCAAGCCUUUGCAAUAUGUUGUGUGGCUGACCGGAUUUCAAAAGAGCCCAAAAUCUCUGCAGUAUAUUCUUCAGACUUAAAACGAGCAUUUUGCACUGCCGAGAUAAUAGCAGAAGGCUGUGGGGUAACUGAGGUAUGACUGGAUUAUCAUAUUGUAGCUUUGUUUUCAUGAUUCUUAUCUUCUUGCAGUGAAGUGUUGAUGUAAAGUACUUUUCAUUAAUCUACUUUUAUGCAGUCUCACUUAUUUGUUGCGGUAA